AUGAAUCAUUUUAAGUCGCUUCCACCUUGCCACGAUAUCGCCAUACGUAUCACUGGUGCGAAAUUGGCGUUUGAUCCUGCCAAAUCACCUCACUAUAAAGUCAUUAGUUUUCUAUAUAAUAUUUAUCCUAAUUCGUCUCAUUCACUACAAGCUUACUCUUCGGAAACAGGCAAUUGGAUCACUUGUCGUCGACAUCCAUUCAAGCCUUUUAGACAAUUUGGCUCCGGGGUAUAUUGGAAUGAUGCCAUUUAUUGGUCUGAUUUUGAAGGUUAUAAUGAUCGUGUUUUCAAGUUAGACGUCGAUACUUUGAAUUUAUCGAGUAUACCACUUCCCGAGGGAAUCUUGAAGGACGAUAAGGGAAGGACUAUUGAUCGUCAGCUGUUUGAGUCUCGUGGUUGUUUACUUCUUUCUUGUCGUAUUCCUAUAGACUUUUGUCGUGACAAGUGGUUGAUAAGAGUCUAUGAGGCGAAGACGGAUGAUGGUGGUGCAUUAUUAUGCUUUGAGUGGGCCGUCAAGUACGAGAUCGUUGAUAUUAAUGAGGUUUUGAUGGUAGCCCCGGCCUGGGCACGGAUGCAUCCCUAUAUGUGGUCUGUCAUGUGCAUUGUAGUGGGAGAAAAUAAUGAGGAAGAUUCUUUCGUCGUGAUACGAGUACGUACACAGGUGAUACUAUACAAAAUCGAGUUAAAGAGUCUGGUGAUGCUCCGUGAUCUGGGACCACACCACCCAGUCGGUAGUUCUCUCUUUACCUGCUUUCCGCUCGUUGCAUCUUUUGCUGGUGUGUGA